GGCUGGCGCGGCGCGGCGAGGGAACAUGGCUGCCCUGACGACCGUCGUGGUGGCGGCGGCGGCCACCGCGGUAGCCGGGGCUGUGGCGGGGGCGGGCGCGGCCACCGGGACAGGCGUGGGAGCGACGCCAGCGUCGCAACAGAAUGAUGGCUGUUUUAGUACUUCAGGUGGAAUUCGUUCUUUUCAGCUUCAAAAUUGGAAGCAGAAAGUCAGUCGAACUAAGAAAGCAGAAUUCAUACGCACAGCAGAAAAGCUGAAAAAUCAGUAAUAUUAACAUGAAAAAGAUAGCAACAGUCAUUUCUACAACCAAAAGGUGACUUCAGAAUUGGCAUAGUGUGCUGAAGAAUUGGAAAAUAAAUUGAUUAACAGCAGAAAAAGAAAAAGAGCAAAAAUCCAGCAACAAUUGGCCAAAAUACAUAACAAUGUAAAGAAACUUCAGCAUCAGUUAAAAGAUGUGAGGCCUACACCUGACUUUGUUGAGAAACUCAGAGAAAUGAUGGAAGAAAUUGAAAAUGCAAUUAACACUUUUAAAGAAGAGCAGAGGUUGAUAUACGAAGAGCUUAUUAAAGAAGAGAAAACAACUAACAAUGAGCUGAGUGCCAUAUCAAGAAAAAUUGACUCCUGGGCUUUGGGUAAUUCAGAAACAGAGAAAGCUUUCAGAGCAAUCUCAAGCAAAGUUCCUGUAGACAAAGCAGCACUAAGUACCCUUCCAGAAGAAAUACUAGAUUUUGAAAAAUUCCUUCAGCAAACAGGAGGGCGACAAGGGGGCUGGGAUGAUUAUGAUCACCAGAACUUUGUCAAGGUGAGAAACAAACAUAAAGGGAAGCCAGCAUUUAUGGAAGAAGUUCUAGAACACCUUCCUGGGAGAACACAGGAUGAAAUUCAACAGCAUGAGAAAUGGUAUCAAAAAUUUCUGGCUCUGGAAGAAAGAAAAAAAGAGUCAAUUCAGAAUUGGAAAACUAAAAAGCAGCAAAAAAAGGAAAUCUUCAAGUUAAAGGAAAAGGCAGACAACAUACCCAUGACUUUUCAUAAUAAACAAGAAAAUAAUCAAAAGCAAAAAGAGGAACAAAGAAAGAAACAGAAAUUGGCAGUUGAAGCUUGGAAAAGACAGAAAAAUAUAGAAAUGUCAAUGAAAUAUGCUUCCCAGUUAAAAGAAGAGGAAGAGAAAGAGAAAAAACAGCAGAAAGAGCGCCAACGCCAGUUUAAACUGAAAUUAUUACUAGAAAGUUAUACCCAGCAGAAGAAAGAACAGGAAGAAUUUUUGAGGCUUGAAAAGGAGAUAAGGGAAAAGGCAGAAAAGGCAGAAAAAAGGAAAACUGCCGCUGAUGAAAUUUCCAAGUUUCAAGAAAGAGAUUUACAUAAACUUGAAUUGAAAAUUCUAGAUCGACAGGCAAAGGAAGAUGAAAAGGCAGAAAAACAAAGAAGACUGGCAAAAUUAAAAGAAAAGGUUGAAAACCAUGUUAGUAGAGACCCCUCUAGGCUUUACAAACCUACCAAAGUUUGGGAAGAACGAACCAAAAAAAUAGGACCAACGGGCUCUGGACCACUUCUACAUAUUCCACAUAGGGCUAUUCCAACCUGGAGACAAGGAAUAUAAAGAAGAAUAUGAGAUAAUGAAGUUGCUAUUCAGUUGAUGAAAAUGUUAGCAUAUUCAGUUAUACGAGGAUAAAGUGACUAACCAUGUUCUUUAAUUACCACUAGCCUACUCAGAUUGAUUAUUGUGCUGUGAUUGAAUUGAGAGGUAUUAAGUUUCAUGAGGGUUUGUCAUUAGUAUUUCCUAUUUCUACUACGAGGGCAUAUAAUAUAUGUAUGUUGGCCUGUUUUUGAUGUAAAAGUUAUUUAAAUAAGUUUAUGUUACAAACAUUCCAUUUAAAUACUCCAAACAUUUCAAAGAUUUUUGUUUUUGUCAUGGCAUAGCCAAAUAAAUUGGGACAAUCAUAGAAUGACAUUUUUUAAACCAAAAUUUUGUAACUUUUAUAACUUGGAGGUAAGUUAGCUUGAGUAACAAAAAAUGUAAAGUGGUUUUUUUUUUUUUAGAGUUGUGAAAAAUGUUAGUACUUUUUCUAAGUUUAACAAAUUGGUGGUUUGUCAGUUAUUUUUGUGUAAUAAAUAUUUUGUAUUUGUGAAGCAUGCUUUGUUUUAUAUAGAGAGUAUUUUUAAAAGAUACCUGUCAUCUCAUAUACUCUAUUAAUUGUAUUAUUGAUAUAAUCUUUUUAGUUUCAUUCAUAUAUUCCAAAUUUUCCUUCAGCCUUUCUGGACUUCACACAUUUAUAAAAUCUUUGUGUCUUUCAAAUC